UAGUUGGUUACCUUGCGUUGAUUGGUCAAUGCUUUUUUUGGGAAGGGUUUCUGGGACCAGGGAAGGGGGUGAAGGGCGGUUUCAAGGCGGCCCCUUAGUUUUGGCCAAAGAGCAAACUCCGGUCCCGGGACAGAGGGCGCCUUGAAACGGAAUGCUCCGGAGUGCGGAGAUCAGCGGAGCACAAAGAGAAAGUGGUCAGAACCGAGUGAGCACACCCGGUACCAACAGAGUUAACAAGCCUUGGGUACGGUGGUCCAAGCCGAUCUAAACAGAGCAAACAAUAACGGAGGCCUCGAGUCAGUAAGCACAACGGAGCGAGUUACCGGUGAUAAUCUGGACGGUAUUUACCCCGGGAAAUUUGAUCCAAGCGCAAAAUAAGUGAACCGAUCCGAGGCAUCCUAAUUCAACAGGUCGGUAGAAAAGAGCGUAACUUUGGUCAACAAAUACGGACAGACCACAAGCAGUUGUCUGCAACUUCGUGACCUAACAGGGGGCCAGGAGGUAACCCAGGACAAUCUCAAUAUAGAGCGGAGUGACGUGGUAUAAGCAGAUAAGAGGUUAAAGGCCUCGACCAUAGAGACACAAGGACCGAAACUUUAGUGCAAUUCGCCAGGCUGGCUGCAGUCAUCUGGCUUUAAGAAACUGAAUUAAAGACACUUCUGCAAUCAUGAAGGAGGCCACCACAGCCAUUUCUUUCCAAAUGUUGGUCGUUUUCGCCCUGAAUCUCUUGGCUACUUCCCAACUGCAUGGAGAAAAGGGUAUUUCGGUGCCAGAGCAUGGCUUUUGCCAGCCCAUUUCCAUACCAUUAUGUACAGAUAUUGCCUACAAUCAGACCAUUAUGCCCAACCUGUUGGGUCAUACCAAUCAAGAGGAUGCUGGCUUGGAGGUCCACCAGUUUUACCCCUUGGUCAAAGUGCAGUGUUCCUCUGAGCUGCGCUUUUUUCUCUGCUCCAUGUAUGCACCAGUUUGCACUGUCCUAGAACAGGCAAUCCCUCCAUGUCGUUCAAUUUGUGAGCGUGCCCGGCAUGGCUGUGAAGCCCUAAUGAACAAGUUUGGUUUCCAAUGGCCUGAAAGAUUGAGAUGUGAGAACUUCCCACGCAAUGGUGCAGAGCAGAUUUGUGUUGGACAGAACCAUUCAGAAGAUAGAGUUCCAACUUUAUUGACAACUAGCCCACCCCAACAUGGUACUCCAGGGCAUCCAGCCUAUGCUACUCCAGAUCAUCCCUUUCACUGUCCUAGAGUUCUAAAGGUUCCUACCUACCUCAAUUACAGGUUCUUGGAGGAAAAGGACUGUGCAGCACCAUGUGAACCAGCAAAGAGUGAUGGUUAUAUGUUCUUCAGUCAAGAAGAGAUACGUUUUGCCAGAGUCUGGAUCCUUAUCUGGUCAGUGCUUUGCUGUGCCUCAACCUUUUUCACAGUGACUACCUACCUAGUGGACAUGCAGAGGUUCCGGUAUCCUGAAAGGCCCAUAAUCUUUCUGUCUGGCUGCUACACAAUGGUGUCUGUGGCCUACAUUGCUGGUUUUGUGCUGGGUGACAAGGUAGUGUGCAAUGAAAGCUUUUCAGAGGAUGGCUACAAAACUGUUGUACAAGGAACUAAGAAAGAAGGGUGCACCAUCCUAUUUAUGAUGCUAUACUUCUUCAGCAUGGCUAGCUCUAUUUGGUGGGUCAUCCUUUCUUUAACAUGGUUCUUGGCUGCUGGGAUGAAGUGGGGCCAUGAGGCAAUUGAAGCCAACUCGCAGUAUUUUCAUUUAGCAGCAUGGGCAGUGCCUGCUGUUAAAACUAUUACUAUUCUAGCUAUGGGGCAGAUAGAUGGAGACCUUCUCAGUGGGGUUUGCUUUGUGGGACUCAACAGCAUUGAUCCCCUGAGAGGGUUUGUAUUGGCACCUCUCUUUGUCUAUCUUUUCAUUGGAACCUCCUUCCUCCUGGCUGGAUUUGUAUCCCUCUUCAGGAUUAGAACAAUCAUGAAACAUGAUGGCACCAAGACAGAAAAACUUGAGAGGCUUAUGGUGAGAAUUGGGGUUUUCAGUGUCCUUUAUACUGUACCAGCAACAAUUGUCAUAGCAUGCUACUUUUAUGAACAGGCUUUUAGGGAGCAUUGGGAACGUAGCUGGGUGAGCCAAAACUGUAAGAGUUUGGCUAUCCCCUGUCCUCUUCAAUACACACCACGCAUGACCCCUGAUUUUACAGUAUAUAUGAUUAAAUAUCUGAUGACCCUGAUUGUUGGCAUCACCUCAGGCUUUUGGAUCUGGUCAGGAAAAACUCUUCAUUCAUGGAGAAAGUUCUAUACCCGGCUUACCAACAGCAAACAUGGGGAGACCACAGUGUGA